UAAACUCUGUACUGUGAAUUCUUCUAUUAAGUAAGGUGUGAAAUUUUUACCGGAAAACAAUAACAAAAACAAAAAUAUACACACUGUAUUUAAAAAUAACACAAACACGUUCUGUUAUACAGAUUUUCAAUAAUAAAAACAUUAAUUAAAACCACUUCCAAGGAGGCAAAGCAAACAGCCGACGGAAUAUGAACAUUUGUAUGAAGUUAACAAAGGCAACAGCUGUCAUUACUGAGGAGGAGCACCAGGAACCGCAGGGAGAUUUUCACAUAUAAUUUCCCAUAUUUUAAAUAUGCUGUGAAAAUUGGAGCAAGGUUAAUUGAUUAUAUUUCGAUGACAUUGUAGCUAAAUAAGACCACUAGUGUACAUUUUGCCGGCAAAGAAUUGAUGUCUUAGAAAGAAAUAGAACUCACUGACAAAAUGGCAAAAGAGUCGUUUCGUGAAAGACAAAUGCAAGAACUGGAAGCGAUAAAGUCAAUUUUUGGCAACGAUGUUGAAGAUUUGCGUCCAUAUAACAGCAGUGCCACACCUUCACAAUGGAAACCAACGGAUAUUCGAAUUAUGCUGACACCGCUGAGAGAUUCAUCGAAUGGCCAACCGGAGGUACAUGUUCGUACCAAACUUCAUGUGGUGUGUCCCUCCAAAUAUCCAAAGGUAGCACCCAAAGUCACCCUGGAAGAAUCGAAAGGCAUUUCGGAUCAACUAAUAGAGGAAUUACUCCAAGAAUUGCAGCAACAAUCUCAAGAAUUACGCGGAGAAGUUAUGAUCUAUGAACUCGCCCAGACGGUACAAGCAUUUCUGCUGAAACACAAUAAACCACCACGUGGAUCUUUUUAUGAUGAAAUGUUACAACAAAAACAACAACGGGAACAGGAGUUACUUGAUAUGAAAAAACAACGUGAAAAUCAAGAGAGACAAAAUCUUAUCGAGGAGGUUGAGCGGCGCAAAGAAAUGUUUAAAUCAGAGGCAAAACGACGUGAACCACGUCGCAGUAUGAGCGAGUCGAAUCAUCGACAUCCCAGCUCCUCGGAAAGUUCGGAGAGCUCGUCACCAUAUUAUCGUGGGCAAAUCUAUCUCACAAGAUGUGUGGAACAUCGCAAUAGUGAAACGUUAUACUUCCACAAAGUGGGCCGACAAAUAAGACGCGGCAGCUGUUUGGGACAUUCACAAAAGGGCUGUAUUGCCUAUACAGGAAUCGAUAUUGACACGGGUCAAUUGGUCUACAUCACUGAAUGGAAUAUAAAAUAUUCUCAAAUUGAACAACACUGUGGCGGGAGUGGCAAAUGCCUAUGGCUCACUUCCGAACCAAAAUGUUCGGGCAGCCAUCGUGUCGAUGAUAUUAUUGCAUCGAUAGAGAAACAAGUUAGCAUUUUGGCCCAACUACAUCAUAAGAAUCUCAUCCAAUAUGAGUGUGUGCUGUGUAUUAAACGCAAAGAAGGAUUGUUGGUGUAUUUGGUGCAGGAUUUUGUAUUUGGCACAAGUGUGUUUAGCAUUUCAUCAGCCCUGGGUUGGUGUAUGGAUGGUGUAAGAGGUGUGGCCAAAGGCGUAUUGGAGGCUUUAGUGUUUCUACACAACAAAGGUGUUUCGCAUAGCCAUCUAUUGGACACCACGGUGUUUAUGGAUAAUAGUGGCACAAUAAGAGUAACUGAUUUUUCAAUAGUUACAAAUUUGUUGGAACUAAUUGGUGGUUCAGGAGAGAGAUCAACCCAUGGAGAUUUGCCAGCUUUGGGAACCCUGGUGGACAGUUUGAUGAGUACGCACACACCAGAAAUGCGGGAUUUUAUUGACAAAUGCCAUUCAGAUCGUACAUUAUCCGCAUCCGAACUUUUGGAACAUCCAUUUCUCCGUUGCUCUCUGUUCACAAAUGAGGAUAAAGAAAAUCAACAUCUAACCAUGGCGCUGACCACAUACAAAACCAAUGGCGGUGGUGGCAAACCAUCUUUAGCGGUAGCUCCACUAAAUUUAAAGCAACGUAACAAUGUAACAGCACAACCAACCACACCACAAGCGUUAGCACCAUUUUCCAUACCAUCUUUACCCACCUCACAGUCUCGGCUACGGACGGAAUUUGAAGUUCUUAUGUAUCUGGGCAAGGGAGCUUUUGGAGAUGUUCUCAAAGUGCGAAAUAUACUUGAUAAUCGUGAAUAUGCCAUAAAACGUAUACCGCUACCGGCACGUAGCAAACAGCUAUACAAGAAAAUGACGAGGGAAGUGGAAUUGUUGUCACGACUAAAUCAUGAAAAUGUAGUGCGAUACUUCAACAGUUGGAUAGAAAGUGUCAAUGAGGAAGAUGUCGAAGAAAUGGAUAAAUUGGUGUCCGGCGAUUGGUCCAUGAGCGUGGAAAGUAUUAAACCCCCGAAAUCACCGCAAGUCACUAAUGCUACCACAGAGACUGAAACGGAUUCAUCAAGCCUCUGGAAUGGUUAUAUACCACAUAUGGAUGAUUCCGAUUCGGAUGGAAUUGAAUUUGUUGAUUCGAAUGGCGAAGCGGCAGUAUAUGAUGAUGAAGAUGAUGACGAUGUGGAUGAAGUUGAUUCGGAAAUAUCGAAGGUACUAUCGCCAAAACCCAUUAUGCAAAUCAUGUACAUACAAAUGGAAUUUUGUGAAAAAUGUACCCUUCGAACGGCCAUCGAUGAUAAUUUAUAUUCAAAUACUGAUCGUCUGUGGCGUCUAUUUCGCGAAAUUGCCGAAGGCCUGUCACACAUUCAUCAACAGGGUAUUAUACAUCGAGAUUUGAAACCUGUUAACAUUUUCUUGGACUCUCACGAUCAAAUUAAGAUUGGUGAUUUUGGUCUGGCCACUACAAGUUUCUUGGCAUUACAAUCGCAUCAAGAGCAAAACACACAACAAAAUCAUGCUUCUCAAAUAACGUCCAUGGAAGAUGGUACCGGAACAGGCAAAGUGGGUACCACCUUGUAUGUUGCCCCUGAAUUGACGGGCAAUGCUUCUAAAUCAACCUACAGCCAAAAGGUUGAUAUGUAUACGUUGGGUAUCAUCCUAUUCGAAAUGUGCCAUUCUCCAUUUGCCACAGGCAUGGAGCGAGCUGAAACUAUUAUAAAACUACGGAGUCCCAAUAUUGUUAUACCAAAUUAUAUGCUAACAAAUCCCAAAAAUGAAAAGACUGUAAAGCUCCUGCGUUGGCUUUUAAAUCAUGAUCCCUCACAAAGACCCACGGCUGAAGAAUUAUUGGUAUCUGAUCUACUGCCACCGGCCCAGCUAGAGGCCAGUGAAUUGCAAGAAAUGCUGAAAAAUGCUCUGGCCAAUCCACAAAGUAAAGCCUACAAACAUAUAGUAGCACGUUGCCUGCAACAAGAAAGCGAUGAGGUUUUGGAACACACCUACCACAUGGGUGGUAGUCGCGCUAUGAAAUCCUGGAAUACUCCAGUUGUUCUUGAAAGCCUGGUAACUCUGAGUCCAUUGAUUGAAUUUGUCAAGGGCAAGGUGGUUUCACUGUUUCGUAAACAUGGCGCCAUUGAAGUUGAUACACCGCUAAUGUCUCCUUUAACUAAACACACCAAUCAUUGGGUAAAUCCGGUAAAACUUAUGACACACUCUGGUUGUGUGGUAGUUUUACCAAGUGAUUUACGCACUGAAUUCGCCCGUCACAUCGCCAUGAGUGGGGUGAAUAUGAUACGACGUUAUUGUGUGGAUCGUGUAUAUCGUGAGGAAAAAGUGUUCAACUUCCAUCCGAAACAAAACUACGAAUGUGCUUUCGAUAUCAUUUCACCCCAUUCCGCAAGCCAUUUAGUUGAUGCCGAGCUUUUAUCCUUGGCCUUCGAAAUAGCUUCGGAAAUCCCAAAUCCAAGGGAAAAGAAUGUGAUGAUACGCAUGAAUCACACCAAUCUUUUGCGAGCCAUACUCCUAUACUGUAAUGUACCGAAGGAAAUGUAUGGAGAUCUUUUUGCUAGCAUAUUGGAUUACAUUGAAGGACGUAUAUCGAAAUUUCAGUUUCAUUCGAUUGUGAAUAGCAUUAUGGAAAAAUCCCGAACAUCGGGUUCGGCUCUAAUUGAUUUAUUGCUGGCAAAUUUCCAAAUGAGUGGUAAAAAUAGUGCCGAUGAUUCGUCGCUAAGAUCUUUGGUAAAAGGUAAAGGAGAGGCAGCUUCUCUUGCAAAGGGUGCGCUAAGAGAAAUGGAGUCGAUUGUUUUGUUAGCUCAAAGCCUGGGUGUAAAAUGUCCGAUACACAUUUUUGCUGGUUUACCCAUUAACUAUGAACGAGCAGCUGCGGGUGGCCUAAUAUGGCAAAUGAUUGCCGAUGUUAAGCCAAAUCGUUCAUCCCGCCCAUCUGUACUGGCUGUGGGAGAACGUUACGACAGUAUGUUAAUGGAUUUCCAAAAACAAGCCCAAGGUUUCAAUCCAAAUUUACCGAAUCGUUGUAUAAGUGGUGCAGGCCUUUCUUUCUCCUUGGAUAAACUUGUGGCUGCCAUGGGCUCGGAAGAUUCCCAAAAAUGUCGAACUAUAGAUGUGGGUGUAUGUGUCUCGGGAUCGAGGCCUCCCCUUAAAGAUGUUACAUACAUUAUGCGUCUGCUGUGGUCAGCUGGUAUACGAUGCAGUUUUAUCGAAUCGGUAACAUGUAGCGGUGAUGAAUCUCAAGAUUUAGCCAAGCUGGGGGCUAGCCAUGUUAUAUUGGUUGCCGAAAAUGGGGCAUUGCGUAUUCGGUCGUGGGAAAGGGAACGUUUCCAAGAACGUCAUGUUACCCGUUCAGAAUUGGCAGAUUUUAUACAAAAAUUAUCGGUGCGCCAAGAAAACAAUUACAACGCAUCCAGCGAAUAUUCCGUUCAACAGACAAAUACAAAUUAUGGUGGUUUUGGCGGUGGAGGUGGCAGUGGCAGCUAUGGCAGUCGUGGUGAUAAUGCCCUUAGUACCUCGGCGUCGGGUACAAAUGUUAAGAAUAUCAUAAGUUCAAGCAGUCUCAGUAAUUUACCGAAUAUACAAGUUAUAUUUUCUUUGACACAAGAUAAACUGUCGGCAAACUAUCGUAGACGUUUGGAGAAUCAGGUAACACAACAAAUGUCUUCAACUCUGGCACAAUUUGCUAAAACAGAAAACAUUGCCGUAUUGGUUGUUGAGUUAUCACCAUGUACAUUAAAUGGCAUUGUAGCAGCUAUUAAUCCACGAGCUGUAGAUCGCAAAGAGACUGAACAAGAAAUUAAUAGCGUAAUUGAUAGGUUCCCAAAAAAUCGUCGAUACAUUUCAGAUAUAUGUGAAGAAAUUGUAGAUUACAUUACCGAUUCGAAAAUAACCAUAGUUGCCUUAUAUAGCAUAACUGAUUCAUACUAUCGCGUUAUAAUAUGAAUAGAAAAGAAGAGUGUCGAAUACAACACAUCAACUAUUGAGGAGUGUCAUAAUCAUUCAACUAGAUAUUGACAUGGCAACUACUUUAAAUACAUGAUUUGAGAUGCUCGAAAUAUGGUUAUCCUUACCUAAAAUAUCCUAUUGACGAAACGGUCCUUUCUGAAAGUUUCACAUCGAUUUUUUACAUUUUACAAAAGGAAAAAUCAACAAGAAACAAUACCCACAAAAUCAACUGGUAAUAUGGCUGUAACUGCAAAAAAUGUAAAUUGUCUCCACCUCUUAAAAAUAAUAAAAAAAUAAAUUUAUAAAUUCUAUUUAAAAUAAUCAUAUCUUCCAAUGUUAAAUAUACCAUAAUUUAUAAUCUCAAUAUAGAAUUUUGUAUAAAAAAAUGUUUAACUAUUCCUUAGCUAUUUGAGUUUGAGAAAUAACCAUUGUUGAAUUACAUGUGAAAUUAUUUUUCAUUUAUUUUCAUAAUUUCAAAAUAUUGAAAAGUUUCAUUUUCGCAUUUGCAUUUCCAAGACUUGCAAAACUUUUUAUUUUCAUUUUUUUCUUUAAGAUUUUUAUACAUUUCUAAAGAUAACAAAUGUAAAACAUUCAUUUUUUUAUCGAACAAAAUCAUAAAAAAUAAAACAACUAUUUAAAAUUA